AUCACAACAUGGCUUCUUACCUCCUCGGCCUCUUGGGCUUCGGGCCCAGGAGAUCUGCGCCGCCAAUUGUGCCGACAGAUGAGGUCGCGCCGGUGCAUCUCUUUGACGAUACGGCCACGCUGCAGGGCUCCACGAUGAUGUGGACCUUCAGGUUUGACGAGGUUCUCGACGCCGACAAGCUGGGCAACUCGCUUUCCGAGCUCUUCCAGAUGCAAGGGUGGCGGAAGCUGGGCGGACGACUCCGGCGCAGACCUGAUGGAUCGACCGAGAUUCACAUCCCCUGCCCCUUUUCAGAGGACCGACCGCC